GAGAGAGAGAGAGAGAGAGAGAGAGAGAGAGAGAAUGGGCAUUUUAUUGUUGACUCUGUUAAUAGUCUUGGGGACUGUGUUGCUGAGGGCUGCCUACAAUACCAUCUCCUGUUACUGGCUAACUCCUAGAAGAAUCAAGAAAAUAAUGGAAAAGCAAGGAGUGCGUGGCCCCAAACCACGCUUUCUAGUUGGAAACAUCAUGGACAUGGCAGCUCUCGUCUCCAAAUCAACCUCCACAGAUAUGGACUCCAUUAGCCAUGACACCGUGGGCCGCCUUUUGCCGCAUUUCGUGGCCUGGUCCAAGCAAUACGGGAAGAGGUUCAUAUACUGGAAUGGGCCAGAGCCACGGAUGUGCUUGACGGAGACUGAAUUGAUCAAAGAGCUGCUGACAAAGUACAACAUGAUCUCUGGGAAGUCAUGGCUGCAGCAGCAGGGGUCGAAGCAUUUCAUCGGGCGUGGGCUGCUGAUGGCGAACGGGGACGACUGGUACCACCAGCGCCACAUCGUGGCUCCGGCGUUUAUGGGGGACAAGCUGAAGGGGUAUGCGGGGUACAUGAUGGAAUGCACUACCCAGAUGCUCCAAUCACUCCAAAAUGCAGUAGAAUCUGGGCAGACCGAGUUCGAGAUUGGCGAAUACAUGACUCGUCUCACCGCUGAUAUCAUUUCCAAGACAGAAUUUGAUAGCAGCUAUGAGAAGGGAAAGCAAAUAUUCCAUCUUCUCACUGAGUUGCAAAAUCUUUGUGCUCAAGCCAGCAAGCACUUCUGCCUUCCUGGGAGUCGGUAUUUUCCUAGUAAAUACAACAGAGAGAUUAAAGCGCUGAAGACGGAGGUGGAGAGACUGUUGAUGGAGAUCAUACAGAGCCGAAAGGACUGUGUAGAGAUUGGCAGGAGCAGUUCUUACGGAAAUGAUUUACUGGGCUUGCUGCUGAAUGAGAUGCAGAAGAAGAGAGGGAGUGGGUUCAGCCUAAACCUCCAACUCAUCAUGGAUGAAUGCAAAACCUUCUUCUUUGCCGGCCAUGAAACCACUGCUCUCCUACUCACCUGGACCUCCAUGCUCCUUGCUAGCAACCCCACUUGGCAAGACAAGGUUCGCGCCCAGGUGGCCGAGGUCUGCAAUGGUGAAACUCCCUCUGUUGAUCAUCUUUCCAAGCUCACCUUGCUAAACAUGGUAAUCAAUGAAUCAAUGCGGCUGUACCCACCGGCCACCGUCCUACCACGGAUGGCCUUCGAAGACAUCAAACUAGGGGACCUCCACAUCCCAAAGGGACUCUCCAUAUGGAUCCCAGUGCUGGCAAUCCACCACAGCGAGGAAUUAUGGGGUAAAGACGCAAAUGAGUUCAAUCCAGACCGGUUUGCCGGAAAGAUGUUUGCCCCAGGUCGCCAUUUCAUCCCCUUUGCUGCUGGCCCCCGGAAUUGCGUUGGCCAGUCCUUUGCCAUGAUGGAAGCUAAGAUCAUUCUAGCCAUGCUAGUCUCCCGGUUUAGCUUUACAAUCUCACAGAAUUACCGGCAUGCCCCCGUCAUCAUCCUCACCAUAAAGCCCAAAUAUGGAGUUCAAAUCUGUUUGAAGCCCUUGAAACCAUGAUCAGGAUCAAUUCAGGACACUGCAUUAGGUUGCAGUCUGGAUUUUCCCUUUUUUUUAUAUUAAGCCAUUCAUGGAGCCAAGAAUAAUACUCCUUUUGUUAUGCUACUUGUGGUGAGGUGACUCUUGUAAGCAUUAAAGAAAAACCAACGAUAUAAUACAAUGAGAAAACCCCAGACUGACUUUUUCCUCUUUA